AUUAUAAAGUGACUUGAGUUGAGUGCAUUCUCCAAGAGGGACUAUUUUUAACCACUGACAAGAUGUCAUUACUAUUUAAAGAUGCCUUUUGGGGAGCGGACUUUAUCAGUAACACUGGGUAUGAGAUUAUCUGUCAGAGACUUAAUGAUGGUCGACGGACGUGCAAAGACAUGGAGGAGCUCUUAAAAAUGAGGGCAUCAGCAGAGGAGAAAUAUGGCAAAGAACUGGUCACAAUCGCACGCAAGACUGGGGGUUUAUAUGAUAUCUGCACUUUGAGAACAUCUUUUGAUGAAAUGAAAACACAAAUUGAAAAAGUAGGAAACUUGCAUAUUCAGCUCUCUGCAUUGUUAAAGGAGGAGGUUAAGAGAAUGGAGCAGUUCAGAGAGCGACAGAAAGAACAGAGAAAAAAGUUUGAAGCCAUUAUGGAGAAGGUCCAGAAGACAAAAGUCUCUCUCUACAAGAAAACAAUAGACUCUAAAAAAUCCUAUGAGCAGCGCUGCAGGGAUGCAGAUGAGGCAGAGCAAACUGCUGAGAAGAUGGCCAAUGCUCCCUCAGCCACUCCCAAACAGGUCGAGAAGAUGAACAACAAAUCUAAACAGUGCAGAGAAGCUGCAGUGGAAGCUGAGAAACAGUACAUGUCAAACAUUGAACAUCUUGACAAGACCCGACAAGAGUGGGAGGCCACACACAUCAGCACAUGUGAGAGCUUUCAGCAGCAGGAAGAGGACCGCCUCAGCGUACUAAGGGAUGCUUUGUGGGUGCACUGUAACCAUUUAUCAAUGCAGAGUGUUAAAGAUGAUGAGUGUAACGAGGAUGUGAGGAAAACACUGGAAAAGUGUGACAUCAUCGCAGACAACAACAACUUUGUGGAGAUGAAAAGCACCGGAUCGACCCCCCCAGCUCCAAUUGAAUAUCAAAAUUACUAUGAGAGGGAUGCUGCAGAUGCAAGCAAUGGCAGUGCUGGAUUUGUAGGAGGAGUGAUGAAAAGGUUUUCAAAUCUUCUGCAGACGAACUGUGCCAGUGGCUCUAAAUUGAGCAUCAAUGAAGCUCUUGCACAACCUGCUGAGACAUCAGACGGAGUAUACGCUUCCAUUCCUGUAGGUCAGGCAUCGCGGAUGAGCAGCGAGGAGCACAAGGUCAUGUACGACUAUGCGGCACAGGGGAAUGAUGAGCUCUCUGUGUCUGCUGGGGACGUUGUGGAUGUCUUAGAUCAGGGUGAGGAUGGCUGGUGGACAGUGAAAAGAAAUGGCUUCACUGGAUUGGUCCCAGGCUCUUACCUUGCCAAAGAAUGAGUUUCACUGACAGCCAUAUGCAGGACUGUAUGACUACUACAGUCCCUCAUGUGAUAUUUUGUAAAGCCUUUGUCAUUUCAAAUUCCCUUAUAUAUUGCCUUAUUUGUUAUUCAUAUUUUUGUUUGGACGCACCAUCAAAGCCCCUUUUUGUAGGUUUUGAAAAUGGGACAGCGACAUACAUUAGCACAAGACAGUGUGGAAUGAUGAAUUAUUUAUUGCUAUGGCACAUAUUCAUCUUACUUUGCCCUUUUUGCUGGUGUGCUGAGUGCUCCUCAUACCGAUGACAGCUGGGAGAUUAAGUGAUUUGUUUUACAAGGUUACGGCACUAAGUUUAUUCAUACACUGUGGCACUCUUUGAUAUCUGCAGUCUUAAACAUGAAGCAGAAUACUUUAUUUCUGUUGUUGACCUGUAUAUCAUUUUUAUGUAUAGUUAUUGUUUCUAUUCUGAAUGUUAAUGUUACCAGAACAAUACAAAUAAAGUAGCUGAAAUGCAACCAGGCACUAUUCUUGAGUCAUGCGGCUCAGCAUUCUGCUCUCUCUGGUUCAAACGUAUCUUGUUACCCAGCAACAGGAGAGACAUGACUAAGUCAGUGUAUAUUAAGUAACCAAAGCAGGGGCUCUUCAGCACCAUUUUGAGUGUGUAUAAAAGUACACAAUGAUUGUUUGUGGUCACUAAAUGUUCCGUAGAAAGAUACAACUACAUCUCAUGUUUCCAAUAAGAGCUCAUAUAUUAUAUGCAUGUGUUACAUUUUGAGC